UCUUAUCUUUCCUUUAAUCGCCUGCUCUGCUCCAUCAUCAUUCAUAUGCGCGCUCGCAGCAACUACCAUUUAUAUAAAAACAAAUCCUCAAUAUAUAAUUAUUAUUUAUUUGUUCAAUGAAAAGCCUCUCUUCAAAUCUGCUUCUCUAUAUAUAUACAAACAGCACAGUUCACGUAACUAACCACCGCACAAAGGAACCAAAAAAGAAUCAAAGUCCUGCUUUUAAUUUUUUCUUUUAACUUUAUUUUCAAUCUAGAGAAAAGAAAAUCUCUCUCCCUUUGCUUGCGUUUGUGUUCGACCGAACUCUGGUGGUGGUAUUGUUUUCGAAUCAAUGGUGAUAGAGGAAGCAAACGAGAGCUGCGGCACGUCAUGGUCGUCUUCUCCGCUGGCGCAGAGCCGGCAACAGCGACAGAAACUCGACGCCUACAAUGAGGUACUUCGUCGCCUUAAACAAUUGAACAUCGAAGAAGCCAAUCAGCCUCACUUUGAGGACGAACUCUGGACUCACUUCAAUCGUCUCCCCACUCGAUAUGCAUUGGAUGUGAAUGUGGAGAGAGCUGAAGAUGUUCUUAUGCACAAGAGAUUACUACAUUUGGCUCAUGAUCCAGAUAACCGACCCGCAAUUGAGGUCCGACUUGUACAGGUUCCACCAAUGCAUGAUCGGAAUGCAGCUGAUUCUGUUGUUCCAACCUCUCCAAGGGAGGUAGCUGCCCAGGGUUCAUCAAGACAAAGCGUACAUCCACCACCUGCUUUUGGUUCGUCACCUAAUCUGGAAGCACUGGCAAUUGAAGCAAAUAAAUCUGAAGAUAUAGAUGGGGAUAAUUCUGUACAUGCCAAUGCACAAUUUUCUCGGUCCCUGCAUGAAAUUACUUUUUCAUCAGAUGACAAGCCAAAACUUCUAAGUCAGUUGACUGCAUUACUAGCUGAUAUUGGGCUAAACAUUCAAGAAGCACACGCGUUUUCCACAGUUGAUGGCUUCUCCUUAGAUGUCUUUGUGGUUGAUGGUUGGCCAUAUGAGAACCUGCUUGACAGACUUGGUGUUGGAAACUGGCAGGAGACAGAGCAGCUUAGAGUUACAUUGGAAAAGGAAGUUUUUAGGAUGGAGAAGCUGGGUUGGUUCAGUAAUCGCUCAUCAUCUCCCACUAGUGAGCCUGAGGAAACACCAAUGAAAUGUGAUCCUGAACAUUUGGAAAUACCUAAUGAUGGGACUGAUGUCUGGGAAAUUGAUCCUGAACAGCUAAAGUUUGGGAAUAAAGUUGCAUCUGGGUCAUAUGGUGAUCUGUACAAAGGUACAUACUGUAGUCAGGAAGUGGCCAUUAAAGUCCUUAAACCCGAGCGUAUAAAUUCAGAUUUGCAGAAAGAGUUUGCUCAGGAAGUCUUUAUCAUGAGGAAGGUGCGGCAUAAGAAUGUUGUACAAUUCAUAGGUGCAUGCACCAAGCCCCCAAGCUUGUGCAUCGUAACAGAAUUUAUGUCUGGUGGAAGUGUGUAUGAUUACCUGCACAAGCAGAAGGGUGUUUUCAAGCUCCCAUCCUUAAUUAAAGUAGCGAUAGAUGUUUCUAAAGGAAUGAACUACUUGCACCAAAACAAUAUCAUACAUAGGGAUUUGAAAGCUGCCAAUCUUUUGAUGGAUGAAAAUGAAGUGGUGAAGGUAGCCGAUUUUGGUGUUGCUAGAGUGAAAGCUCAAUCUGGAGUUAUGACUGCUGAAACUGGGACAUAUCGAUGGAUGGCUCCUGAGGUUAUUGAACACAAGCCAUAUGAUCACAAGGCUGACGUAUUUAGUUUCGGAAUUGUAUUGUGGGAAUUGCUCACUGGAAAGCUUCCAUACGAAUAUUUGACACCAUUACAAGCAGCUGUUGGGGUGGUCCAAAAGGGUCUACGGCCUACAAUCCCGAAGAAUGCUCAUCCGAAGCUAGCCGAGCUGCUUGAAAAAUGCUGGCAGCAAGAUCCGGCAUUAAGACCUGACUUUUCCGAAAUUAUUGAGGUUCUGCAGCAAAUUGCUAAGGAGUUAUUGAAAUAGGUUGGAGAUGGUGAGCAAGAGCGUCGGAAAGAGAGAUCAUCUGGAGGAUUCCUGUCCAUGCUUCGAAGAGGCCACCACUGAAAUUGACUGGAGACAAUACUGAUUAUGUUAAUGAGCUGGAUAUAAGUUAAAUUGUGUAGUCCUUUUUUAAGCAGCUUCCUUUUCAUCAUCAUGUACAGUAUCUUUUUUUGGGUCAGAGAUAGAAGGUCUUGUCGUUUGAUUAUAUUUUGAUUUGUUUGGGUUGUGUAUUCAUUUAUUGAGCACCAUUUGCUUACCUUUAAGGCAUGAUGAAGUAAAGUUGCAGAGCGGAGGAAGAUUGACAUGA